UAUCCUGCUUUCCGAAUUGGCCGACCUUCUCUCUCCAUAUAAAGGCCUUUUUAGUUUAACCGUUUCCUGCGUUCAUCAUCUUGCGGGAGAUUCGAAACCCUAAUUCGGCGAUCGCCUUUUCCCGAUUCCUCUCGUUCCAGGCUUCCGAGACUCGUUCUUGAUUGAGCAAAGAUGGCCCGUACUAAGCAGACUGCUCGCAAAUCUACCGGUGGAAAAGCUCCCAGGAAGCAGCUCGCCACCAAGGCUGCGAGGAAGUCGGCCCCGACCACCGGUGGAGUGAAGAAGCCUCACCGUUACCGCCCAGGGACGGUGGCUCUCCGUGAAAUCAGGAAGUAUCAGAAGAGCACCGAGCUCCUGAUCCGCAAGCUGCCCUUCCAACGCCUUGUUCGUGAAAUCGCUCAGGACUUCAAGACGGACUUGAGGUUCCAGAGUCACGCGGUCCUCGCUCUCCAGGAAGCUGCUGAGGCGUAUCUGGUGGGUCUGUUCGAGGACACCAACUUGUGCGCCAUCCACGCCAAGAGGGUCACCAUCAUGCCCAAGGAUAUCCAGCUCGCGAGGCGAAUCCGGGGUGAACGUGCUUAGAGUUUCCGGUCACAACAUUAUGACUAGGCCCUUUGGUAAUUCGUUUUGAUUCCUGUGCAUAGGUGUCGAGUGUUACCGGUUUGUCUUUUCGUAGUAGGUCUUUGACAAUCGUGUUAUAACCAGUGGACAAUCGUCGCCAUUUGUUGAAAGAACUUUAUGGUUCGAGUAAUAUCAAUUUCUGCAGUUGCUGUUUUCUUCUCU